AUGCUUGAAGGUGAGGUUUUGACAGAGAGGAUUGGGAUUGAGACAAGGGUUCGUGGUGCUGACUUGGAGGUGUUUGUGACGGAUCUGGAUUUUGAUGAAGAUAUUAAAGAAGACCUUGGCUCAGAAUGUUCGAAGUAUGGGAGAGUCGACCAUAUUUGUGUAGACAAGAAUAGCGCAGGUUUUGUGUAUCUACGGUUUGACUCGGUGCAGGCUGCAGUGGCAGAUCAAAGAGCUAUGCACAUGAGAUGGUUUGUGCAAAAGAUGAUAUCUGCAACUUUCAUGGCGGGACCAAAGUUACUCGAGAUCACCAGUUAG